CUUAGUCUCUAGUGACUGUAGCGUUUGCUUGUGCACGAAAACAUUGUCCCGCUUUGUCGGUUUGGAGAUGGACGAGGCGUUGUGACGCCUGAGGAUACUUUCCUUGUUUCACAGAGUUUUUUGUGGAGAAAAUACAACUGACCUCAGCGGCUGUGAUCGUUGACUUUCGUGGGAGUAGACUCUUUAAAAGUAACGCAUCCUCAUCGCAUUGCGAGAUAACUGCGGCGCAACAGCUCUGUCAUCCUGAAAGAGACCCUUCAACAUCUCCACCCUGCCAUGUUGUAGUCAACUUUGCCCUACCUUGUGAACCAAAAGACCAGCUCAUCCCUGAAACCACCGACCCUCCUUCCACCUCAACCUUUCUUUCCAUCCUCCCACUGACAGAACAGCUGUUCUCAUGGCCCACCCCUAUGAGCCAUGGUUAAGGACAGCUCCCUCUGGUGGCAGCUCAGAAGAAAUGAACGUCCCAUCCUGGUGGGACCUCCACACCGGGGCAGGGAGCUGGAUGGACUUGCAGGCGGGGCAGGGUGUGGGCCUGCAGGCCGUGGGCCCCGGGAGCUCCAUGGGCCUGCAGUCUUCCCUGGGGCCGUACGGCUCCGAGCCCCAACUGUGCACGUUGCCCCAGGCCCAGCUGGCCCCGGCCUCCCACUCGGCUCACCUCUACCCCCAGGACGCCUUCAAGAUGGAGCCGCUGGGCCCGGAGAUGAUGCAGCCCGACCAGUACUCCCUGGAGGAACCGCAGGAGGGCGCCGCCUCGGUCCGGCCCAAGCCUCAGCGUCGCUCCGCCUCCCGGGGCUCUGGUCAGGCGGUGUGCCGGUGCCCCAACUGCGUCCACGCCGAGCAGCUGGGCCAGAGCACGGACGACGGGCGGAGGAAGCACAUGCACAACUGUCACAUUCCGGGAUGCGGCAAAGCCUACGCCAAGACCUCCCACCUGAAGGCCCACUUGCGCUGGCACAGCGGAGACCGGCCCUUCGUCUGCAACUGGCUCUUCUGCGGCAAGCGCUUCACCCGCUCCGACGAGCUGCAGCGCCACCUGCAGACGCACACGGGCGCCAAGAAGUUCAGCUGCGCCCUGUGUCCGCGCGUCUUCAUGCGCAACGACCACCUGGCCAAGCACAUGCGCACGCACGAGGCCGUGACCGGGCCGGGGGAGGAGAGGGCGAAUGGCGAGGGAAGGAUGGAGAAGGGGGGCUUCGAUACACCUCCACCUCAAACCCCGUCUCACGGCGGCGCCCCCGAAGGUUCGGAGGCGCCACUCAAAGUCAAAUGUGAGACUGACCCCACACUGGCUGGGCAAUCCAGCUAACUGUGUCACUUCCUCUAUGGAACGCAUCCGAAUGCAGUAGGCUACUGUUAUCCCUUUAUCAGAGACAAAGGUAUAGUGAUGUUCUAGUGAAAAGAAAUUACCUAGACAAUAGUUUUUUGGGGGUUUCCUAGAUGCAUUAGGUUUCAUGCAAUAAAUCCACCUGUCUUCUGAAUAAAGAGUGUCACUUAUUGUUAGUGAGAGAGUGGGUAGUGACAUCAUUCAGCCGACGCAACAGCCCAAAGCAAUAACACAUCACCACAUCAACACAGCACCAACAGAAGACAAUCUGUCAAGUGACUUGUUUGAAGGUACUCCAUCCAUCCGAACCAGACCAGAACCAAACAUUGCUGCUAGGUGUUUUAUGGCUGCUACCAUUAUUCCAUCCAAAAAGACUUGGGGAAGGAGUUAGACUGAAUGUGGUUUUCCAAUGUGUUUACAAUAAAACCACUUCUAGCUACUUUAAGGCACGAAAGGCCCCAAGAGGGCCCAAAUACCUUUUUGUCCAUUUUGCAAAUCAACUUUGGGAAGAGCAAAGGAAGAGCCUCACCACAGUCGGGAGUGUUGUCUGUGUGUACGUUCUCAUCUUUGGUCAUUCCUUUCAACCUUUAAUGUUGCAGCCUACUACUGUAUGUGAAACACUGGAAGCUUAGACACUGUAAGUGUGUACACAUACCAUGGUGUUAUGUACUUUGUGUUGCUGAAUAAAGACGCACAGCAAGCACCACAAGAAUUUAGAUAUGGAUGCGCUGUGUUGGGGACUCAAACAAUGAUUGAGGUUCCCCAGUGACGGCAGGAGAUCAAAUAGUAAGGCACUUGAUAAGCAGUGAGAGCCAUUUCCAAAAGAUAACUGGUUCACCGCACAGUGGAACCUAUGUGUCACUGUUUGGAAGUACAAUGUAAUUGUCCAUUUAUCUCCCAUUGUGACUGAAGCACUAGCCUCUCAAUGUCGUGCAGCCACCACUUAUAUCUGCAGCAGGCAGUGACUGUUACAGAACAUUCUGACUAUUGUUGACGCCUUGUCCUCUGUAGGAGGGCUAUCAUUUGUUUCUUUCACGAGCUGCACAAGAACAUUUAAUAAUUUAAUAAAAAGGCCGGGUUAUUUGGGCUGUAGGUUGUUGGGUUAGCUUUAUACAUUUAGAAAUAUAAAGAAACUUACAAGCUCAACAUUAACAUCCACCAGGAAACAGACUACGAUUUGUUUUCAAAAAAAAAGAAGAAAGAAAAGAAGAAUAUUCAUAGAAGAAACACUUCAGUUAA